AUGUGGCGCUCCCGCCGUCCCAAUGCUGUGCUUACCACUUCAGCUGCAGCGGGAAGGUGCAUCGGCCUUCUUGUCCUGUUGGCAUGCUUGUGUCCAAGCUCUUUCGUCAGCUCGUCUGGCAUGUCCGGAGGCCCCAGAGUUGGCGUCACGUCUGGGUCCUUCUUGCUGCAUGCCGACCAGCCGGACUACUGGGAUCAAGUUUACAAACUGCAGGGUGAGCAUGGGCGGGCCCUCUAUGAAUGGUACGGCCUCGGCUACCAGCAACUGCGCAGCUCCUUGAUGGAACUGCUUGAGCCGCUGCAACAUUCGCAACGUGUGACCGGCGCUGUGAGGCUGCUUGUCUUGGGAAGUGGUGACUCUGCUCUAAGUGCUGAGCUGGCUUCGGACAAGGCCCUCCAGAAUCAAGACUUGCAGGUCUUUAGCAUUGAUUUCUCCGCGGAGGUGACGGAGAGGAUGAGACAACGAUUCCCCAAGCUUACCUUCCUAACAAUGGAUGCCAGGAACAUGUCAGACUUCGAUGACGGCUUCUUUGUUGCUGCCAUUGACAAAGGUUUGUCUGACUGCCUCGGAACAGUUGCAGCCCGGCGACAAUACUUUCAGGAGGUGCGGCGAGUGCUCGUCGCAAGUGGCCGAUUGCUUGUGGUGUCGCAGCGGCGGCUUUGGGCCGGUCAAGAUUCUCUGUCGGAUGGUGACGAGGAAGAGGAGGAUUCGGAUGCACGUCAGCCGCAUUCAGAGGCCUAUGACCUCGGACCCGGCUGGUCUUGCGAUGAGCAGGAGACAUACGGGCCCCUCUUCAUGGAGAACGACCCCAAGCAGCCUCCAUUUCCGCAGCCGGGCACGGAAGGGACCAUUCCUUACUUCGUGCUGACCUGCAGCGCCAUCUCUGAUGCCACCAGUGCCAGCACGGGCGGUGCCGGUGUUGGCCUGCUCUUCAUUCUUCCCAGGCUGCUGGCGACGCUGUUCGGAGCUCCUCGGGCAAGCCCUUUGCCGAGCGUCUUGCAAGACGUCGCUGUAAACUUCGGAGCCAUGGUCUUCUGUGGCUUCUUGACCUACCAGGAGUGGAACCAAGACUCCGUGCGGUCCCAGGCCAAGGAGGAGGGGGCCUUGAUUGCUCGGCUUCCGAUCCAAGUCCCCAUGGAUGGGGAGGCCAAGGUGGUUGAAGCUCGGCUAAGUGAUCUCCGAGUUGGGCGUCAGAUGAAGUCACGACGGCCCGUCCUUUGCCUUGGGAAUCUCCAGUUCUGUCGAGACUGUAUCAGCGCUGCCAUGGAGGUUCAGGAGGCGAUGACGCGCUGCGACUUCCUGCUAGUGCCUGUGCUCUACAACUCCUCCGCAGAAGAUGCGUCUUCCCUUGCGGAGGCUGCGAAAGACUUGAGAUUCGUGGCUCUGCCUGGGAAGGAUCCGGACGGAGACUGGGCGCAGCUCUCUGAAAUCCAGCUCGCACAGGUGCGAAGUCAAGGCUUGGAUGAGGCCAUAGGCCAGGCCAUCAUCAUCAAGAAGAAUGGGCGAGUGGGCACUCGAUUUCUCGGAGUGCCAGAAUGGAAAUCUUUGACAGCCGAGGUGGAUGCCCGAGUGAAACUGGGCUUGGAUACCAGGAACGUCUGA